AUGGUCGGAUUAGGUUUUUCAAGUGGAGAUUUACGAACUCCACAGUUUGAUAGUGCAAACUACAAUUUUUGGGCUAUAAAAAUUGAGACUAUCCUCCUAGCACAUGAUCUAUGGGAUGUAGUAGAGAUCAAAGUACAACCGCAACCGAUUCUUGAGGAGGAAGAAGGCUCUGGAGAUGAAGAAAGUGAGGCUGAACAAGUUUCAGUGGAAGCACCCACCAUCUCCAGAGAAGACAAAAUCAAAAACACCAAGGUGCUGAGUGUCAUUCAAGGAGCGAUAACUGAUGAGCUCUUCCCUCACAUUAGAAACGAAAAGAUUGCAAAAAGGGCUUGGGAUAUUCUGAGAAAAGAGUUCAGAGGAGAUAAAAAUGUAAGAGCUGUAAAACUUCAAGCAGUUAGGGCAGAUUUUGAGUAUAUGAGAAUGACAGAUGGUGAAAACCUAGAUGACUAUUUGGCUAGGUUUUUUGGAAUUGUGAAUAAUUUGAAAUCACUUGGUGAAGAUGUGUUUGAAAAAAGGAUUGUGCAAAAACUAUUGAUCAGUCUAAGUAGAAGGUAUAAGUCCAUUAUGUCUAUCAUUAAGGAAACUCGACAUCUGGAUACUAUUAAAGUUGAAGAAGUCAUUGCAUCCAUCAAAGUCUAUGAUAAAAGGGAAGACUUGCAUGAUGAAAGGGAUAAAUUGAUAGAAACUGAGAGAGCCUUUAGUAGCCUCAGAGUUGGCAAUAACCAAGCCACUGGUACCUACAAAGGUUCAUAG